AUGACGCUCUCCUUUAAUCCCUUGAACACACUAAAUAGUAUUACUACAACACAUUCUUUUUAUCAUCCAUCUACAAGAUUAACUCUCAUUUUAAAGAUAAAACCUUUAAUUGCAUCACGUCACUGUUUAAAAGUAUCAAAUAUUUUAAGAUGCCCGAAAAGUACAAAUACCAACUUUAAUAACCCUUCGAAUUCACCAACAGCCUCAAUAAAUACUCUCAAUUCACAAACAAACACAACGACUACAUCUAAUUCACCAAACAAUUUAUCAUCAACCGAAAAAAUAUUGAAUUUUGAUGAUGAUUGGCCCAUAAAAAAAGAUGAUAAUUCUAGAAAGCCAGCAUCAAUAGACACAAUAAUAAAAAGUUCAUUUGUCAAAGAAAAUGACGUCCCAUGGACUGGUGAAGAAGAUUUAAAAGACACAGUGUUGCGCAUGAUAGUUGAUAAAUACCCUCCGUUAAAAAUUAAACGAGAAUCUGUUAAAGAUUAUAUUGACGCGCAUAGUCUCAAACAUCAGUCUAAGAAUAAUUCGGUUAAGUUAUCUAAUUUUUUCAGUAAUCAUUCAAUGACAAAGGCUUCUAUACUAAAAUCAAAAAACAAUGUAAACUCAUCGGGUAAUAAUUUACAAAGCAAGAAGGAAAGGCUCGAGAAAGCUCGAGAAAAGAAUCAAACUCGCAUAAUAAAUGCACGAGAAGCUGCAACUUAUUAUGCGAUUGGUAGAAAACAUAGUGACGGUAAAGAACAAAAAAAUGAGAUUUUGCCAAGAAGUAUUAAGGCUUGGGAUUCAAUUGUUGAACAACGUAUUCAAGAAGCGAUUGCAGCGGGUAAAUUUAAAAACUUGCCAUAUCACGGGAAACCACUACCUUUGGAUCAAAACGAAAAGAAUCCAUAUUUAGAUCGUACUGAAUUCUUAAUGAACAGGCUUGUUCAAAGGCAAGGUGCCACACCGGCAUGGAUAGAAAGUCAACAAGAUGUUGACCGAGAAAUAUCAUUGUUUCGACAGAGAAUGCUAGAAAGUUGGUUGCGCUAUGCUAAUUCUCGUAAUAUCCCUCUACAUCUUCGAGAUUCAGGAUGGGAAAAAAUGCAACAUUCUUAUUAUAAAAAAGCAAUCGAGAAAUUGAACAGUAAAUUGAGGUCAUAUAAUAUUGUUGCACCAUAUGCAGUUCGAAAGUGUUAUCUAAGUUUGGAUGAAGAAUAUAUGAGAGUGUAUAAAAAUGUUAAAAGAGAAGAUACUAAAAGUAUAGGGAUGAUUAAUGAUGGGAUUAAAUUUGAUGAAUGGUUGAAUAAAGAUGAAGAAAAGAAAAAUGAGAAUAAUGAGAACAAUAUUUGGAAAGGGUUUACUAGAAAUAUUAAAUGGCUAAUUGGACAUUAA